GGCUUGGUCAGGAAAGGGGCGGUAGACUUUAUACACUGUGUUUGUCACUUGGUCUAAUUUUUCCACCACUCGAUCAACUGAGGUACUCGUGCGGUUCCAUCAGACAGAGUUCCACCAUUCGAAGUGCAUUCUGAAGAAGGAAAAGUAAGAAUCCGAACGAAGAAGAACGUUUUGCAGGUCGAGAAAAUGACGAGGUCUAAAGGCAAAACAGUUGCAAGGAGAACAAGAAGUGCUGUAGCUCCUGAAAAUGAAACUCAGCAUACAGAACAUCAAAAUGAAACUGCAAGGAUACUGAACACAGAAGAACCGAUUCUAAGGCUAGAAUAUCAUCAGCCAACAACAAGCAAAAAAAGAAAAGCAGCCCCAAAAAAGAAGAAAGCAGAAUCUGAAGAAUCAGACGAUGAAUGUGAAGAAGUGGAGACAAGCAACAGGCCGCCUUCUGUAAAUCUAAGAACAAGAGUAGGACCAGCCCCUUUCAUAAAGUUGAUUAAACAAUCAGAUGAAAGAAAAAAAGCAGCAGUUGAAAGGAUUGGAUUUGGGGGAUUACUGCAUUUAAACUUUGACAGAUUCUGUGGAGAUUUGGUUGCGUUUUUGUUGAAGAACUUUAGACCAAUUUCAGGACAGCUACAACUUGCCAAUGGUGAGCUGCUAGAUAUUGAAGAUGAAGAUGUCAAAGCUGUAUUUGGUCUGCCAAAGGGAAAGAUAGAAGUUCAAGAAGCGAAUGCGAAGAAUGAAACUGAAGAGUAUACCCAACUGCUACAAGAAUGGAGAG